AUGCGGAGCCGUGAGAAGGAGAAAUGCGGCAGAUCAGCGGCCGGUGCGCCGGCGCAGCUCGCCUGUGGCGCUGCGGUUACGGUCGGCAAACGAGCAGUCGGAUUACCUGAUGGGUUUGACAAUGAUAACACUAGUUGGAGCAGUCAUAAAAAUAUACGCGAGCAUCCACCGGUUGACGGGGGCGCGGCUGUGCGGCAGUUCAGUGACUCGUGGGCCGCCGCACUGAGCGGACGUAAAGUGUUGGCAUUAGUCAUAGCUCAAUCAUUUGGCAGCCAAGUUAUGUCCAUAGAUCGGGAACACACCGCGCCCGCCCACACAGUUCAGUCCCCCACUCCUCGCGUACUGCGUGUGCGCCGACCUUAG